AAUCUUCCUGUUUUGUUUUCUGUUUCAAGGGGCUCCGCUAUUGCGAAAAUCAUAGGAAACAAUGUAAAGAAGCUGCAGAAGUUUGCUCCUACUGUCAAUAUGUGGGUGUUUGAAGAAAAUAUUAAUGGGAGAAAACUUACAGAGAUCAUCAAUACGGAGCAUGAAAAUGUUAAAUAUCUCCCGGGGUAUAAGCUGCCUGAGAAUGUGGUUGCCAUUCCAAAUCUUACUGAUGCAGUGAAAGAUGCUGAUCUCCUAGUCUUUGUCAUUCCUCAUCAAUUUAUACAUAAAAUCUGCCAGGAGAUUUCAGGGAAAGUCCAUAACAAAGCUCUUGGAAUAACACUUAUCAAGGUAACUGUUUUUUUGCAGUUAUGGGAGGGUAUAGACGAAGGCCCAGAGGGUCUGAAACUCAUUUCUGACAUUAUUCGUGAGAAGAUGGGAAUUGACAUUAGUGUACUGAUGGGGGCUAACAUUGCAAAUGAAGUGGCUGCAGAGAAAUUUUGUGAGACCACAAUAGGGAGCAAAGUGCUUGAACAUGGGUUUUUAUUUAAAGAACUUCUGCAGACCCCGAAUUUCCGUAUAACUGUGGUGGACGAUGCAGAUACUGUGGAACUUUGUGGUGCCUUAAAGAAUAUUGUGGCAGUUGGUGCUGGAUUUUGUGAUGGACUGCUAUGUGGAGACAACACCAAAGCUGCAGUGAUUCGUUUGGGGCUUAUGGAAAUGAUCGCAUUUGCCAAAAUCUUUGUAAAGGUCCCGUGUCAACCGCCACAUUCCUUGAGAGCUGCGGAGUGGCUGAUCUGAUCACUACUUGUUAUGGAGGACGUAACAGAAAAGUUGCUGAAGCAUUUGUGAAAUCUGGCAAGAGUAUUGAACAGCUUGAGCAGGAGAUGCUUAAUGGACAGAAACUUCAGGGUCCUCAGACCUCAGCAGAAGUCUACCGCAUCCUGCAGCAGAAAGGCAUGGUAGAGAAAUUUCCACUUUUCACUGCUGUUUAUCAAAUUUGCUAUGAGAAAAAACCUGUGGAAGAAGUCAUAUCUUGUUUACAGAGUCACCCAGAGCAUAUGUAA